AUGGCAUUUUUUAUUGAUCUGAACGAGACGCCGAUUACCUCACCCCGCGAAGCUGAGGGGGGUCCGUCAGGUGGAAUUUUGGUCUGCGCAGUUUGUAAGAAGGGGGUUCCGGGCGGGAGACGUAAUGGGCCUGCGUCAGAGGAGUGGAAGUGCUUUAGGUGUUUGCUGAAGAGUGGUGGAAGUGUCGGCGGCGGCAGUGGUAGUGGUGUGGGGCUUUUAGAUAUCAAUGCUUCGCCGCCACGGGAGGCGGAGGCCGAAGUGGAGCGGAAUUUUGUGCACCUAACUGAUCGCGUGGCUGCGACUGCAAGGCAGAACAGGGAGCGGAAUCACGGUGGCACUAACAAAAUACAGGCUUUGCUUGAUACUUAUUUUUCUGGCCAUCGAAUCAAAACUACAUUUUCAAGUAAUUUGUGUGUGGACAAGGGAUAUAAUCUUCUGAAGAGCUCGUGGGCUGCCACAGGUACUGCUAAAUUGGGUUUCGAAGACGCGGUGAAGCGGAGAAUGCAUUUCGAAGGCAAUUCAGAUAAAGUUCAUCUUGGAUCCACAUUUGAUGGGAGUCUUCUGACUAGUCAUUUUGACUCAUUCAACUCUCUUCAAAGUUCAAACAUGGUAUAUCUGCAAACUCUCAGAGAAUAUAUCUCUAAAAGGAAUGGUGUCCUGGGAGAAGGUUGGUGUGUCGAAUUCGAGUACUGUGAAAGAAGUUGCAAAACCUCUGCUGUUUAUAUUGCCCCAGAUGGAAGUAGGCUCAAAUCUAUGGAUGAUGUUGCUUGUCAUUUAGGAUUGCCACCAAGAUAUCAUUGUGUAGAGAAUGAAAAUCGUUACAAUGAAUCGCAAAAUGGGUUACAAAAUGAUCCAGCAACGCAUGAAAUUUCUGGGUCUCUGACAGCCAGAAGUUGUGGACCAAGUCAGAGUACACUGAGGAGCAGUAAUUGCAGGGGUUUCUUGUCAAGCUCAGGGACCAAGGAUAGCCUUGAUAUGAAUAAUAGCAAGAGCAUGCGGGGACUUGGUUUUGCUGAAGAUGGUGGCCCUGGAAUAUGUGGAAUUCAUGAUGGGUUCCCAAUGCAGUUUGAGGAUUUUUAUCUUAUUUCAGCUGGCAAUGUUGAUUCACGGCCAUCAUACCACACUAUUAGCCAGAUCUGGCCUGUAGGUUACAAAUCCAUCUGGCAUGAUAAAAUUACUGGGUCUCUUUUUGUAUGUGAGGUAGCAGAUGGAGGUGAGUCUGGCCCAAUUUUUAAGGUUCAUAGAUAUCCUUGCACCACACAGUACAUCCCCAUCGGUUCAACUAUCCUCUCAAGGCCGAAACUUGGUUCUUGUGAAGGGGAAGACAAAAUGAAGAAAGAUGAUCCGGCCAUAUACCAGGCGAUCGAUGAUGAAAGUACUUUUAUACAAAUGAUGCUAAAUGAAGAUGUCCCUCCAUGUUUAAAUUAUGAAACUUCAACUUCAAAUAGAGCAAAUGAAUUUUGUCAUUCCCAAGAAGCGAAUUUUUCAAUGUUGGAGCUAGAACGCCUUCCUCAGAUGUCUGGAAAUUUAGCAAUUUCCAUCUCAGGACUCAAAGAUGUCAUUGGAGAAUUCCAAGUGGAGGGAAUAUCUUCAUCAUCUGUUUGGGAAAUGGUCUCCGAUUCUUUUCUCUGUGCUUAUAAGGAGAAAUAUAAACAAAAUGGCGCAGUUCAGUUUUUUUGUAGUCAUGAUGCAGAUGGUACAGAUACUCAAUAUUUGGAGAACAUCGAUUCAUUGUCCAAAUUUUCUUCUUUGGCUGGCCCUAUCCAGAUCCCGCAAUCAAUUCGGAGUGAUAAUGAGUUAAAUACAGCUUGUGGAAUGCUGAUGACGUGGUUAAAACAGGAUAGGUUUGGACUGGAUGCAGAAUUUGUUCAGGAAAUCAUAGAACUGCUUCCUGGAUUUCCUGCAUGUUCAGGAUAUGUAACUUUGAACGAUAGAAAGCAUAUUUCAAACCUACAAACGGUUGGGAGUGGAUUCCUCCAGGCUAAAAAGAAGAGUGACACACUAGGUGAGAGGGAAUCAGUCUCUUCCGUUGGAAGUUCGAAGAGACCUAAAUUGCAAUUAGAUUAUUCAGAAGACAAGGCGAUGCUGGAUCAUUGUCCUCCAGGCAAGCCACUUAGCUCAAGGCUUCCUGCAUAUUUAAUGGGUGACGCUCUGCAGGUUUGGGAACUCUCGUGGCAUUUCAUAGAAGUUUUGGGGACUGGAGAUCCAUUUUCUUUUCAGGAACUUGAAUCAGAACUCAUAAACCCAUGGUUAGACAGUCUUUAUCAGCUAGAAAAUUCUGGAAAUGAAACUCAGGAUACUGGAGAUGCCACCCCCUAUGUAAGAGACGGGGAGGUCUCUCAAGGCAGAGUUGCUUGUCUUAGCAGAUGUACUGGUCAGAUUCUGGCUAAGACUCAUGUCUCACUUCUGAAACUGCUUUCUAGUGCAUUGUUGUCGAAAGUCGUACUAUAUGUAAGUUCCAAGUUUGAUUCUGGAGAAUCUAAAUCAAGACGAGGCAGGAAGAAAGAUUCGGAUGGUUUGGCUGCUUCGACAAAAUUGAAGCUUGAUGCUCUUCCAGUCAAUGCACUUACUUGGCCUGAAAUUGCCCGUAGAUACAUUUUGGCUGUGUUGUCCAUGGAUGGUAAUCUUGAUUCUGCAGAGAUUGCUAGCCGUGAGAGCGGGAAAGUUUUCCAUUGCUUACAAGGUGAUGGUGGGACACUUUGUGGGUCUUUUACAGGCAUGGAAGGAUUGGAGGCAGAUGCAGUGAUUCUUGGAGACACCAUGAAGCAAAUAUUUGGAUCAUUGAAGAGUGAAAGUGAGGUUAUUAGCAUAUAUGAGAAAGAGACUGAUCCAGAUGGUGCUUCUAAAAUGAUUGAGUUGAAUGACGGCACAAUCCCUGAAUGGGUACGAGUUCUGGAACCUGUGAGAAAGUUACCCACAAAUGUGGGAGCCCGGAUUAGAAGGUGUGUAAAUGAAGCUUUAGAGAGAAAUCCACCUGAAUGGGCUAAGAUAAGAUUGGAGCAGUCUAUCAGUAAAGAAGUGUAUAAGGGUAAUGCUUCAGGGCCAACUAAGAGAGCAGUUAUCUCAGUUCUGGACAAUGUUGGCAGUGGAAUUCUGCAGCAGAAGCCUGAGAAGAAAGAAAAGGUGAAGAGUACGACUAGUUUGUCUGAUCUGAUCAUGAAACAAUGUCGCAUUGUGCUACGCUGUGCUGCUGCUGCAGAUGAAGAUGAAGUCUUCUGCAAUCUCUUGGGAAAAACAUUUCUGAAUCCCGAUGAUGAUGAUGAGGGACUUCUUGGCUAUCCUGCAAUGGUGUCUCGUCCCCUAGACUUCAGGACUAUUGAUCUUAGAUUGGCUUUUGGGUCUUACUGUGGUUCACAUGAAGCAUUUAUUGAUGAUGUUCGGCAGGUUUGGCAUAACAUACGAACUGCAUAUGGGGAACGAUCUGAUUUGAGUGACUUGGUUGAUAGUUUGUCCCAAAAAUUUGAAGAUUUAUACGAGAAAGAGGUUCUUGCCCUAGUCCACAAAAUUGCGGAGUUUGACAAUGUCAAAGGUUCAAGUGGUGAUGCUAUAAAGGAGAGAGAUGACUUGCUUGCCCAAGUAAGUGAGAUCUCACUUCCUAGAGCUCCUUGGGACGAGGGAAUCUGCAAGGUGUGUGGCAUGGAUAAAGAUGAUGACAACGUUCUACUAUGUGAUAGAUGUGACUCCGAGUAUCACAGAUAUUGCUUGAACCCUCCACUUCUAAGAAUUCCUGAAGGGAACUGGUAUUGCCCUUCUUGUGUUGCUGGUCAAUCUACCUCUUGGACAGUAGGCUAUGGUUCAGUUGUUAACCAAUUUCGUAAAAGAAGACAUCAUGGAGAAUUCACACAUAAGUUUUUGGAAAAGUUGGCUCAAUUAGCAAACCUGAUGACGAUAAGAGAAUAUUGGGACUUUUCAGUGGAGGAGAGAAUUUUCUUGAUGAAAUUCUUGUUUGAUGAGGCAUUGAAUUCUGCUACCAUUCAUGACCAUAUAGAUCAGUGUGCCUCUCGGAACACUGAGUUGCUUCAGAAACUGCGUUCCCUCACCUCUGAAUGGAAAUUGCUGAAAUCUAAGGAAGAAAUGUCGGCUGCAAAUACUGAGAAAGUAAACACUAGUAUAGGCAACGGGUGUGGAGAUUUGGAGUCAGAGGCAUUGACUUCUGUGGUUGGUAAUGAAAAUUACAUGGAAAAACCAUCCGAAAUAGGCAGCCAUAUCUCGUCCUCUGGUGGUUUCAUGCAGCAGGAAAAUGUCCCAAAUGUUCAUGGACAGAGUGAUUACAGCAACCAGCCUAGUUGGCCUCCUUCAAGAAGCAUUUUGGAAACGAAUUCUACUAUCCGUAGUGAUCAAAUUAUAAAAGAUCCUGGUGCAUUAAGCCACCAUUUGCAGUAUCAACAGCCUCGAAGCGAGCACACUCAAAAUGAUGAUCGUGAUGCACAUUUAAGUCUGAAAAAUGAGCUACCCAUGUCUGCUCAGCAACAGACAAGUGUCCAAAAGAAUGAUAUUUCUCGUUUGCAGGGCUCAAUUGCUUCAAUAGAAUUGGAACUUCUUAAAGGAUCUCUUCGAAAGCAUUUCUUGGGACGAGAUUCUAAUGGCAGAGUUUACUGGGGAUUUUCCUGGCCUGGAACUCGUUCAUGUAUAGUAGCUAACGGGAGCUUGGCUUCCAAAAAGAGAUCUCCUGAGGAGUUCGGUGACAUUCCUGAUUCUGCGACAUGGAUGUCUUAUGAAUCUCACGGUGAAAUUGAAAAAUUAGUUGGAUGGCUGAGGGAAGAUAAAAUGAGUGAGAGAAAAUUGAAAGAGGCUAUUGUACAGUGGCAAAAUAAUGAGUUCGAAUACUCAAAUUAUGCUGAAAAGCAUGUCCUUAACAGGGGAGAAUCAAGCAUUUUCAGAAGAAUAGCUUUACCUGCUGAUUUUCCAGCUACAAAGGCUAUGGCUGCUUUAAAAAUGAAAUUUGGUCCUUGCUUAGAGACCAUUGAUGUCCAUACAAAUCUCACUCCUGGAGUCCGUCUGGACAAAAUGUGUAGAUGUGAAUGCCUUGAGUUAUUGUGGCCUUCUAGAGAGCAUUGCCUCUCUUGUCACCAAAGUUUUGCAACCAGCGAGGAGUCGAGAAAGCAUUCUGUGGAAAAGUGCAAAACACGGGCCUUUGACUUGAAGAGAGGCCAGAGUACUGAAGAUUCCUUAAAGCGCAAGAAGAUGAAGAAUGUAAUGCCACAGGACAAUUUUUCUGGUAAUAUGACUGUUCAAAACUCUGCGAGUGAGGGACACUAUGAUGGAUCUCGUCCUGUUGAUCAUCUUAAUAAACUCGAGUGUCCAUUUAAUUUUGAGGAGAUUAAAGCUAGGUUCAACACUCAAAACUCACUCAAGGAAUUAGUUAAGGACAUAGGAUUGAUUGGUUCAGGGGGCAAACCAUCCUUUCUACCAAUCGAGUCUUCUUAUCUUGGUGAUCCUGCUCUAAGAUUAGUCCCCGCUAAGGGAAAUGAAGUUAGUUCAAAAAAAAGGCCAGCAGAUUUCGGAAGUUGGCUGCAAAGAUCGGGUAACAAACCUGGCAUUAUGGAUUGUAUGAAGAACAGUAAGAAAUCAAUUAGCUUAGCAAGAAGUGCUAAAAAUGACUUGGGUGAGGGUUCUAAAGUUGCAAGGGUGAAAUCAGUAUUUGUUAAUGAGAAGGAUGAAGGUUCAUCUAUAAAGGUUAAAAGGCCAGCAUUUGGGGUCGUAUCAGUAUCCAAGGGCAGUAUAGCUCCUGAAGCCUCAAGAAAACCUUUAGGAGGCAAAGCUUCUGAAAUUUUAAGGUGUCUAAAAAUCAACUUGCUCGAUAUGGACGCUGCUCUACCUGAAGAGGCUUUAAGGGCGUCGAGGUCAGAUCUAGACAGGAGAUGUGCAUGGCGUGCAUUUGUUAAAUCAGCUGAAACCAUUUAUCAGAUGAUUUUAGCGUCAAUCGCACUUGAGGACACUAUUAAAAGUGAGUACUUGAAAAAUAAUUGGUGGUUUUGGUCGUCUCCUUCUACUGCUGCUAAGACCUCCACAGUCUCUGGCCUUGCUCUACGCAUAUAUGCGCUCGAUUCUGCCAUUUUUUAUGAAAAACCUUCUUCUGAAAGUGCAACAGAUAUUCCAAUGCCAGAUUGCAUAGCAGGUAAUGAAACAGCUCGUGAUUCAAUUCCAAGGCCCAACAGUCCAUCAAUGCAACCCAGUUCAAAUGCUAUUGAAAACCCAAGAAUCACCAGGAGUAGAACAAUCAAGAAGAGAAAAGAGUCAAGUGCUUGA